AGAAAAUAUUUAUUAGCUGCUUGUAAUUUUCAAUUUCAUUUCAUUAUUUUAAAAUGAAGCUACUUUCUAUCCUCGCAUUUGUCGCUAUCGCUGCCUCUGCUGCCAUGGCUUUAACACCCGACGAUAAGUACAUGCUCGAAACCUUUGAACAAAACUGCAAUAUUAAUGAAACAAAUAUCAACCAAUUAAAAAACAUGCUAAUCCGUUUUUCUAAGGAAACUCACAACAACAGAAUCACAACGUUUUUUGAUAAGAAGGAUUACAAGUUGGCUGGCGAGGGCCUUCAAGCCUGGAUCAACACCGCUAGUAAGGACUCUAUCGUGAAGGAACGCGGGAGAUACGAGGUCGGCUUUGUCAACCUCAGACGCGCAGUCAAUAUAUUUGCAUCUCAGGCAAAUAAGGGUAUGAUAUAAUACUAGAAUUGGGCGCAUUUAUAAAAUUUGUCCAAGACUCCACCAAUCAGACUGUACGCAGAAUCUUGGUGGUUUAUUUUUUUGCUUUUGCUUUUAAUUUUACUAUCAUUCUAG